AUGACCUUCAACAGAGAUUACUCGAUGGGAAAAGUGGGUAUUAUCACAUCGGCAAGGAGAUGGAUAAAUGAAGAAGUAAAAGUCUCUGCAGGAGGAGAAAUAAUAUGUGUCGGUGUCGUCGAGUACACUGACGACUGGUCACCUUUUAUGCCACUCCAAUUUGAUAAGACCAUCGAAUCAGAUGAGGAAGACGACACAGAAGAAACAGAUGAUGAAGAUGGUAUAUCCGAAACAUGGAUGCAGGAGAAUGAUGUGGUACCGGAAGAUGGGGAAUAUAGAGCGGAUAGUAUAUUUGGUAACAACGAUAAAACGGCGGAGGAGCAGAUGGAAGGAUUGGAAUCGACCGGAGAGGCUCCGGCAACAGACUUAGUGGCGCCAAAUCUAUCCAUUCAAGGUGCGGCUCUUGAUAUCCCCUCUAUUCCGGCUCUCGAGGUAUUGGCAUCGGGAGCAACACUUCCACUGGGAUGUUUUGGGCCUUUCCCAACCCCCAUUAAUCCAAUAAGAUUCUCGGCUCAAACAAGAUAUGAAGAUGAAGCCCAUCUAGAACAAUUGGGGUGCAGGAGAAAAAGAAAGAGGCUUAGUAAAUCUGGGCAAAAAUCCAAUUCUCCUCACCGUUCAGUCUUCUUCCCUCCUACAGAUACUCCUGGUGAUCCUGGUAUUCUCUUCCCCCCAAUUGAUAGAGACCUCGCUCCCAAUCAAACCAAUGCUGUUUCAGAAGGUAACAAUGUACCCUCCUUCUCUCAGGAGGUCGAGGCAACUGCAGAAGAUCGUGUAACACCAAGUAGGUAUACUUGGGAUUGGAAUGCUAACCUCUGGUCGGAAAACCUAAAUCAGAAUCUCGGGCAUUUGUUGACUGCAUUGGAGCCAUUUAAUCCAUCUUCUGAGCCAGAUACAUGGCGAUGCACCCUUGGGUCUGAUGGCAUAUACAUGGUACAAGCCUUGCGGAAAAAGCUUGACGAAACUACCCCUGCUAUACCAGGUAUUAAAAUACAUUGGAUGAAGGAGGUUCCAUUGAAGGUGUUAUGUUUUAUAUGGCGGGCGAAAUGGGGACGAGUCCCAUCGGCUCAAGCAUUGAUCUCUAGAGGUGUCAGUAAUAUCUCUCCAAAUUGUGGAUAUUGCAAUCAUACCGGUGAAGGUGCAGAUCACAUCUUCAUCCAUUGUGACUUUGCCUCAGCCGUGCGUGAAUGGAUCAUGAGAUGGUGCGGUGUAACUCUUGGACCCAUUAAUACCGUAGAGGAUCGGUUGGAUUUUGCAUCUAAUUGGAGUCAAUGUCCCAAGAAACACAAGGAAAUCGCCUCCACCAUAGUCAACCUGCAUCGCUCGUCUUUGAAGCCUUUGAAAGGAAAACCUAAUCAUAAAGCACAUGCUCGUUGGCUUUCCUUUCGAUCGUACAACUACUCAGCAGCAACAGCGGCGUCGAUCACCUAA